ACCGAGCCUGAUCCUAAGGAGUUGAUGCCGUAAAGCGCCCAGACUGCUGUGGGUUGGCCUAUAAUCAGCUACUUGUGGCACUGAAAACCCCCCGAGAUUAGCGCAGCACGCACACAUGUUUGAUACAGGACUAUUGAGCAACCAAUGUGUAGCGCUGCGGGUUGCCAUCUACAUCAACAGCCCGAUGCUCCUUGCAACGCCUCGAACCUCGAACCGAUACAAACAGUGGGGCCUUCUUCUGGCACGAAUAGCACGGCCGUCUUAAUCUCGGAGACAACAAGUGACACGCGACUUGUCCUUCGUUGGCGUUGGUAUCAGCUUUUCCGGUCCAAAUCUAUCUCAAAUUUCCCGUUGGCUUUCUCAGACAAAGCUGGCUUUAGCCGGGUGAACGGAGCGUCACAAUGGAAGUUGCAGACUACGCAAGAAAAAUCCAACCGCAGGUGCGAAGGGGCCGCAUCUUGGGCGGCUAUUGUCAGCAGUUCCCAGCGCGGGUUGGACAUAUAUGUGAAUGCUUCUACAGGGUCGUGUAUCGAGAGCUUUGGCUGGUUCUGCCGUAGUCAAUCCCUCGUCGAAAGUACGGGUGGUCCCCAUUCAGAACUUGGUCAAUCUCGUAAGUAGCCUAGGGCGUUGCUCGAUCGCACGGUACGGCAUUCCAGGAUCCACUGACUAAGACAUGGUCGGCACUCCAGUUAACAGCGGCAAACGCACAAGCUAAAGGCAACACUCAACUGCUUUUGCGUUCACGAAGCUAACGCAGGUAUCUGCGGACAUGCCGUGCAGAGAGGUGAUCAAGGCUAUAUCAAAAAC